AUGCAGCCCUCCGCAGCCAACCUCUCGCCGGUUGAGGCUGGCCAGGCGUCGCGGCCGAUGUCUGCCUCGGAAGAACAGGAGGAUUCUCGCUCGACCUCCUCCACCACCAACUCCCCCGUCCCUGCCGAUAACGAGGAAUCCGACUUCUUCCUCAAUAACAACGACUCAGAGUCAUCCAUCGGCGUUCAUAAUUUCCAGGAUAUGGCCGUUGAUGAUUCGUGUUGGCCGCCCGUAAACCAACUGCCGAACGAGAUUCUCAUCAGCAUUUUUGCCAAGCUGACCUCACCCAACGAUUUGUUCUCGUGUAUGCGUGUCUGUAAACGAUGGGCUAGAAACGCUGUCGAUAUUUUAUGGCAUCGCCCUGCAUGCACAAAUUGGAAGAAUCACAACAGCAUUUGCCAAACCCUCAGCUUCGAAAAGCCCUUCUUCAACUACGCCGAUUUCGUCAAGCGUCUCAACCUUGCUGCUCUCGCAGAUAAAGUCAACGAUGGCAGCGUCCUUCCUCUGGCUGUUUGUACCCGUGUUGAGCGCUUGACUCUCACGGCCUGCCGGAAUUUGACCGAUUCCGGCCUGAUCGCUUUAGUCCAGAACAGCUCAGCUCUACUCGCCCUCGACAUCUCGAGCGACACCCACAUCACUGAGGAGUCCAUAAAUGCCAUCGCCGACAAUUGUAAGCGCCUUCAGGGCCUCAACGUUUCUGGUUGCACAAAUAUUUCGAAUGAAAGCAUGAUCAACCUUGCAAAGAACUGCAAGUACAUCAAGAGACUCAAAUUGAACGAGUGCACUCAGCUUCGCGAUGAUGCUAUACUUGCAUUUGCUGCCAACUGCCCCAACAUUCUCGAGAUCGAUUUGCAGCAGUGUGCGGCCAUCGGGAACAGCCCGGUCACGUCCCUCUUGACCCAUGGCAACUGCCUCAGAGAAUUGCGGCUGGCCAACUGCGAAAUGAUUGACGACAAUGCGUUCCUUUAUCUGCCAAAGGACCGAGUAUUUGAGCACCUGCGAAUUCUUGACCUUACAUCGUGCCUGCGUCUUACAGAUCACGCGGUAUCAAAGAUUAUCGAUGCUGCUCCACGCCUUCGCAAUCUCAUCUUGGCAAAGUGUCGCCUGAUUACCGAUGAAGCCGUGUUUGCCAUUGCGAAAUUGGGCAAGAACCUUCAUUACAUUCAUCUUGGCCACUGUGGGUUGAUCACGGACGAGGGAGUCAAGCGAUUAGCGCACAAAUGCAACCGGAUUCGUUAUAUUGACUUGGGUUGCUGUACUCGUCUCACAGACGACUCGGUGAAGCGCCUUGCUUUGCUCCCUAAGCUCAAGAGAAUUGGGUUGGUGAAAUGCAACUCGAUCACAGACGAUUCUGUGAAUGCUCUUGCUGGGGCUGCCUACCGACCUGUCCUACGCCGAGAUGCUAACGGUGUGCUGGUUCAUGGCGAGUACUACACACCAAGUCUGGAGCGUGUGCACCUCAGCUAUUGUGUAAACUUGACCCUCAAGAGCAUCAUCCGGUUGCUCAACUCUUGCCCUAGGUUAACACAUCUGAGCUUGACUGGCGUUGCUGCAUUUCAGCGCGAUGAAUUCCAGCCUUUUUGCAGACCAGCUCCUCAGGAGUUCACCCAACAUCAACGAAACGUUUUCUGUGUAUUCUCCGGUAACAUGGUAUCGGACUUCCGCCGUUUUCUGAACACGGCCCCUCAGUUUGAGGAACUUCGAAACAGCUUGCAGCCUGUAGCAGACCGACUCCGAACCACCCGGGUACGGCGGCAUCUUACACCCAACGGCGUGCAACCUGAAGGCGAGGCGUUUGAUGAGGACCUUGCAGACGAUGACAACGACUUCGAAGGCUUGGAUGCUAACGAGAUGGUCAUUGAUUUGCAUACAGCACCAGUGACUACUACCGAAGAGUUCGCGUUGCCACCACUACAACCACGACGCCCGCCUCACGUCCAGCCAGACCAUGCCGGCGCAGCUGACUCUGGUAGUGCAGAUCCUGCCAAUGAGGACCAGCCCAGGCCCCAAGCAUUUUCAAGCUUUCUGAAUAGCCAGCAGGCGGUUGGAUCGCCGCCUCUUAGUGCCUAUGGAUCGACGCAAGCCAGCGUGGCAAACGUGCGAAGUCAAACAGAAGGGGAAUCCUCGAGCCGGAACAUCACACCAACCGGAGGCGCGAGUACAGCACCAAUGCAUGGCCAGUCUCCGGCCCAAAACAGGGCAGAGGAUGAAGAUAUGGCUGCUGACUAG